CUAAGCGCUCACAACGAUCACGCUCACGACCGCGGUUUAUAUCAUUCCACUUGCUUCUGAUCGUUGGUAUCAUCAACUCAAGUGGAAUGGAUUAUGAAGCGUUUUGAGCGUUCAUAUAAACAUUACAAAUGGCGUGGUUUGAAAAAUGAAAGGAAUGAAAGUCAAAGCUUGAAGAGGUUAGGUUACAAUCAGUGAAGUCUUUAACCAAUUUAAGUUCAAAUCUAAUCGAAAUGUCUUUUACGGCAGUUGGAUAUUUGUUGAUGCAUCGUAAUAAUGCUCCAGAAACAAGUUCAUCUAGUUCAGAUGAAGAGUGGAAUGCAACUCUACAAAAUUAUAAUCGUGAAAAGCGAAAACUAAGACCACGUAUUAUUGAUUAUGAAAAUAUAAUUAUCCGUUAUUCAGAUGAAGAAUUUAAAAGUCAUUUCAGACUUUCAAGGAAUACAUUCUACUAUUUACAUGAUUUAAUAAAAGAAGAUUUAGUUCGAAAUGUUCCAGGAUGCCCUACAAUUCCUUCUCGUCAUCAAUUAAUGAUAGCUCUUUGGAAAAUGGCAACACAGGAUUCUUAUAGAUCAGUUUGUGACCGAUUUAACGUAGGACGAGCUACUGCUGUAAGAGCUGUACGUCGAGUUUGUCACGCUGUAUUUAUAAGAGCCUCAAGAUUUAUACAGUGGCCUACAGAAGAUCGUGCUAUUGAUGUGAUGCGUGGAUUUGAAAGAGCAAGUGGUUUUCCUAAAACAAUAGGAGCUAUUGACGGGACUCACAUUCGUAUAAAUGCUCCAAAACAAAAUCCUGUCGAUUAUAUCAAUCGCAAAGGAUUUCAUUCUAUACAGCUACAGCUCGUAUGUGAUCACAAGACUAUAAUAACUCAUUGUUAUGUCGGACAUCCUGGAUCUGUUCACGAUCAGAGAGUUUUUCGCUUGUCAGAAGUUGCAGAUUAUAUAAAUGAUGAUGAUAAAUUUCCCGAAAACAGUCAUAUUCUAGGCGAUGCUGCGUAUGAAAUACAUCAGCAUCUACUUACUCCUUAUCGUGACAAUGGACAUUUAAGUGAAAAACAAAGAAAAUAUAAUUAUCAUCAUUCAUCGGCGCGAGUGACUGUUGAAAGAUGCAUCGGAUUAUUAAAAGGACGAAUGAGGAGUUUAUUGCAUUGUCUACCAAUGACAAGGGUAGAUUUAAUGGCGGAAUACAUUGUUGCAUGCUGCAUAAUUCAUAAUAUCUGCAUUUUACGAGAAGAUGAUUUACUUGUGAUCACUAUACCUGAAAAUAAUCAAGAAAAUAAUGGAAAUUAUCCGCGUGAAGUAAGGCGAACUGCAGGAGUUAUUAAAAGAGAUUUUAUAAUGAAUUCCUUGUAAAACUAAUAAUGAUUCAUGGCCACUCUGAUGAGUGGUUAUUAAGAUAGCCUUGCAGGACCAUAAAUUAUAGAACCUGCAUAUAGAAAAAAAUGUAAUUUAUUAAUAAGAAACACAAAAACCACA